CGGAGUGGAGGCCACAGUGGCUCGACAACCACCGCCGUGUCGCCAGUCAGUCAGUCUGCAGCCGCAGCCCCUGGGAGAACGCCGCUCGCAGACACCUGCCGGCUCCUCCAGAAAAUGCCCAGUAUGAAGAACAAAUAUAAUGUCACGCCGGAGACAGUGGAACUGGGCAACGUCAACCCAGCAUACGUCAGCGACAAUGCGGAAACCUAUGGACGCAAAUUGUCAGUUACCUCUGACAAUUCAGCCAAGGUAGGGGAGCCUCCGGUGACCGGACCUGAGACCACAGAGGGCGACGAAUCGGAGCGCGCUCAGUGGUCCAAUGGCGUAGAGUUCCUGAUGUCGUGCAUCGCCAUGUCCGUCGGCCUGGGAAACGUGUGGCGCUUCCCGUACACAGCCUACAAGAACGGCGGCGGCGCCUUCCUCAUCCCCUACAUCAUCGUGCUGCUUGUCAUCGGCAAACCGCUCUACUACAUGGAGAUGGCCAUGGGACAGUUCUCUAGCUACGGCCCUAUCAAGGUGUGGAACAUGGCACCAGCGCUCACCGGUCUGGGAUUCGGCCAGUUCCUGGCGACGGCUCUGCUGCUGACGUACUACUGCGCCAUCAUGGCGCUCACCGUCUACUUCUUUGUGGCGUCGUUCCACGCGGAGCUGCCGUGGGCCCACUGUUACCCCGAGCUGGGCGAGCUCUGCUUCGACUCCGCCGGCCCGCACGACAACGCCACCAACACCACGGGGCGCCUCAGCUCCUCCACACUCUACCUGCAGCGGCUGCUGAACGAGGUGCCGACGCUGGACGAGGGCAUCGGCGCGCCCGACUGGCGGCUGACGCUGUGCCUGCUCUUCUCGUGGGUGGUCGUCUUCCUGGUGGUGGUGCGCGGCGUCAAGAGCUCGGGCAAGGCGGCCUACUUCCUGGCGCUCUUCCCCUACGUAGUGCUCUUCGCCCUCCUCAUCCGCGGCGUCACACUACCGGGCGCCGGCGAGGGCAUCCUCUACUUCAUCAGGCCGCAGUGGGAACUGCUUCUCACUGCAGAGGUUUGGUAUGAAGCAGUCACUCAAGCAUUCUUUUCACUAGGAGUAUCAUUUGGAACAAUUAUCAUGUAUUCCUCAUAUAAUGGCUUUAGCCAUAACAUUCAUAGGGAUGCAAUAAUUGUAACAACAAUGGACACCUUCACAAGUCUCCUAGCAGGUUGCACAAUUUUUGCAAUACUUGGAAAUUUGAAAUAUGAAACAAAUGCAUCUGAUAUUGAUGCAGUCGCAAAAAAGGGGGCAGAACUUGCCUUUGUGUCUUACCCAGAAGCUAUUGCUAAGUUUGAUUUUGUUCCCCAGUUAUUCUCUGUACUUUUUUUCCUGAUGUUAUUUACACUGGGGAUUGGAAGUGCAGUGGCUCUGGAGGGUGCAGUCAUGACCAUUAUAUGCGACCAGUUUCCAAAGAUCAAACAUUGGAUUAUAGCACUGGUCACAUGCAGUCUUGGCUUCCUCGCUGGACUUGUAUACAUCACACCAGGUGGUCAAUGGAUUUUAACUUUAGUGGAUUUCUAUGGUGUACAGUUUGUUGUGUUCAUUUUAGCAACAAUUGAAAUGAUAGCCAUAGCAUGGAUAUAUGGUGUUGACAAUUUCUGCCAAGAUAUAGAAUUUAUGCUUAAUCUGAAGGUCAGCUUCUACUGGAGAAUAUGCUGGGGUUUUGUUACACCAGUCAUGCUGUUUGUCAUCUUAUUGUACACUCUAAUAAAUAUGGAAUCUCCUCAGUACCAUGACACGGACUUCCCUGCAAGUGCAUAUGGUGCUGGUUGGGCAAUGUUUCUAUUUGCUGUGCUUCAGGUUCCUUUCUCAGUUGCUUACCAAUUUGUAAAAAAUCGUCAUCUCCCAUUUAAACAGAUGAUAGUGAAGUCAUUCACUUCAUCCACUGAAUGGGGCCCAAGAAAAGCUAAGGAACUGGAGGAAUGGAAAACAUUCAAAGCAAAUCGGCUGCAAGAAAAUGAGCUAAGCAAUGACAGUUUCUGGAAAAAAUUACUUCACAAACUAACAGGUUGCAGAAGUUCCUCUGAUACCAAUAUGUGAUCUGUUUUUUGUCUGCAUGGGGCAAAAAACUGCCCUGUGUGUAACAUACACAGUCAUUAAGUUCAGUGAUAAAAUAUGCUUCAAGACGUCACUGUAAUAAGGUCUACAUUAGUUUUGAUUGCAAGGUUUUAGCAUGAUGGAAAUGGCAAACCUGCAAACACCGUGAAGAGCUUAAAAAGUACAAAUGACUAUUAUCAGCUUCUAAGAAGCUUAAGCCUACUGACACAAAGCUGUGUUGUCUUAAAUAGUUUCGUAUGUUUUAUCUAAAACAAAUAUAGCUCCUGGUUUACAUAAUCGGCUAAUACAGUCUAUGUAAUACACAAAUUAAACAGCACAUUGAAGCAGUCAGUGUAAAAUAAUUUAAUCAUCUCUAAGGAAAAUGAAUUGCUACUUGUGGAAUUGCGCUGAACACAUCUUGUCUCUCUUACAACUGAAAGAGAAAAAAAUAUAGCCCUAAAUAUCAGUACUUUAUUUUGUCCAUUGGGAUCUGUUGCAUGACAAGUGUGUUUUUUUCUCAUGUCAGUAGUAUGGAAACCAUUUUUUUAAAUUUAAACCUAAUAACACUGUGAUAUUAGCUUCAAAAACAUCUAUCUUGUUUCACAAAGUUGCUUUUUGUGGAGUGGAAUGUAUGAGCAUUUCAGAAUUUUUUUUUAUAAAAAUCAAACCAUGCUGAAACAGACAUGUAUAUAAAACUGCAUAACAAAUAACAACAAUGAAUUUUAAUUUGUGAUGAUAGAAAUGUUAAAUUAUUUAUGUUAGUUAAGACUCAUCUCAAACAGGGUAGCAUAUGUACAUUGGAUUAUUAUUAUGAAAAUACACUUAUUUAUUAUUCCUAUUGUUAUUUUUAGUUGUAAAUGCUCGAUGUCAACAGACUGUGGUAUUACUUAAAGUAAAAUAGAAAACAGCUGAAUUGAAAGCAACACAUUAACUAAUGAAAUGAGUGGUUGAAAAUGAAUCCAUAUGUAAAGUAAGUGUAUCAAUCUCACUUUCGUUGGCAUUGAAGAGUGUAUGUACAGACUAGAAAUGUAAUGACUGUGCCAUGUGACCUGUUUGUUGUACCCCACUUGCAUUCUGGUUGAUAGAACUGAUGUUGGUCUACCAACACUAAAGAUGCAGUGUUUUACACUGUGCCUUGCAAAAUUAAAUUCAUCCUGUAACUUUUUUGGCAGUUUGUUAGUAUAAUAUGUUCCACCAAGAGUAUUUCUAAAAUAUAAGUGCUUGUUAGUAGCCCAUACCACUUUAUAAAUACAGGUAAACACAUGUGCAGCUGCUAUGUAGUGUACAAUCUUUAUAGAGGCUGUACACACAGAUGAAUAAAGGAAAAUAAUUUCAGAUCAUUUUUCAAUAUUAGAAAUAACAAAACAGUAACAAACAUUUAUUUAACUUUAACAGAAAAUGCACAGUAUUAGGAUGAUAUUGAUUGUUAGUGUUGUUACUGUUGUGGUCUUCAGUCCUGAGACUGGUUUGAUGCAGCUCUCCAUGCUACUCUAUCCUGUGCAAGUUUCUUCAUCUCCCAGUACCUACUGCAACCUACAUCCUUCUGAAUCUGCUUAGUAUAUUCAUGUCUUGGUCUCCCUCUACAAUUUUUACCCUCCACUCUGCCCUCCAGUACUAAAUAGAUGAUCCCUUGAUGUCUCAGAACAUGUCCUACCAACCGCUCCCUUCUUUUAGUCAAGUUGUGCCACAAACUCCUCUUCUCCCCAAUUCUAUUCAGUACCUCCUCAUUAGUUACGUGAUAUACCCAUCUAAUCUUCAGCAUUCUUCUGUUGCACCACAUUUCGAAAGCUUCUAUUCUCUUCCUGUCCAAACUAUUUAUUGUCCAUGUUUCACUUCCAUACAUGGCUACAGUCCAUACAAAUACUUUCAGAAACGACUACCUAACACUUGAAUCAAUACUCGAUGUUAACAAAUUUCUAUUCUUCAGAAACGCUUUCCUUGCCAUUGCCAGUCUACAUUUUAUAUCCUCUCUACUUCAACCAUCAUCAGUUAUUUUUCUCCCCAAAUAGCAAAACUAAUUUACUACUUUAAGUGUCUCAUUUCCUAAUCUAAUUCCCUCAGCAUCACCCGACUUAAUUCGACUACAUUCCAUUAUCCUUUGCUCUGGUACAUAAUUUCACAUAAGGCCUUGCAUACUUAUGUCUGAGGAUUUAAUUAAGUAAAUAAACUCUGUUAUGCCACCUCACAGGAAAAAACUUAGUGCAAGGGCCAAUAUAAAAAAUGAAACAUAGAUAUUCAUGUUUCCUUUCAAGACACUGCCCAUUCUGUUCAACUGCUCUUCCAAGUCCUUUGCUGUUUCUGACAGAAUUACAAUGUCAUCGGCAAACCUCAAAGUUUUUAUUUCUUCUCCAUGGAUUUUAAUACCUACUCCGAACUUAUCUUUUGUUUCCUUUACUGCUUGCUCAAUAUACAGAUUGAAUAGCAUCGAGGAGAGGCUACAACACUGUCUCACUCCCUUGCCAGCCACUGCUUCCCUUUCAUGUCCCUCGACUCUUAUAACUGCCAUCUGGUUUCUGUACAAAUUGUAAAUAGCCUUUCGUUCCCUGUAUUUUACCCCUGCUACCUUCGAAUUUGAAAGAGAGUAUUCCAGUCAACAUUGUCAAAAGCUUUCUCUAAGUCUACAAAUGCUAUAAACGUAAGUUUGCCUUUCCUUAAUCUUUCUUCUAAGAUAAGUCGUAGGGUCAGUAUUGCCUCACGUGUUCCAACAUUUCUACUGAAUCCAAACUGAUCUUCCCCGAGGUCAGCUUCUACCAGUUUCUCCAUUCGUCUGUAAAGAAUUCGAGUUAGUAUUUUGUAGCUGUAACUUAUUAAACUGAUGGUUCGGUAAUUUUCACAUCUGUCAUCACCUGCUUUUGUUGGUGUUGGAAUUAUUAUAUUUUUCUUGAAGUCUGAAGGAAUUUCGUCUGUCUCAUACAUCUUGCUCACCAGAUGGUAGAGUUUUGUCAGGACUGGCUCUCCCAAGGCUGUCAGUAGUUCUAAUGGAAUGUUGUCUACUCCCGGGGCCUUGUUUCGACUUAGCUCUUUCAGUGCUCUGUCAAACUCUUCACGCAGUACCAUAUCUCCCAUUUCAUCUUCAUCUACAUCCUCUUCCAUUUCCAUAAUAUUGUCCUCAAGAACAUUGCCCCUGCAUAGACCUUCUAUAUACUCCUUCCACCUUUCUGCUUUCCCUUCUUUGCUUAGAACUAGGUUUCCAUCUGAGCUCAUGAUAUUUAUGCAAAUGGUUAUCCUUUCCCCAAAGCUCUCUUUAAUUUUCCUGUAGGCAGUAUCUAUCUUACCCCUUGUGAGAUAAGCCUCUACAUCCUUACAUUUGUCCUGUAGCCAUCCCUGCUUAGCCAUUUUGCAAUUCCUGUUGAUCUCAUUUUUGAGACGUUUGUAUUCCUCUUUGCCUGCUUCACUUACUGAUUUUUGUAUUUUCUCCUUUCAUCAAUUAAAUUCAGUAUCUCUUCUGUUACCCAAGGAUUUCUACUAGCCCUUGUCUUUUUACCGACUUCAUCCUCUGCUGCCUUCACUAUUUCAUUCCUCAAAGCUACCCACUCUUCUUCUACUGUAUUUCUUUCCCCCAUUCCUGCCAAUUGUUCCCUUAUUCUCUCCCUGAAGCUCUGUACAACCUCUGGUUCUUUCAGUUUAUCCAGGUCCCAUCUCCUUAAAUUCCCACCUUUUUGCAGUUUCUUCAGUUUUAAUCUACAGUUCAUAACCAAUAAAUUGUGGUCAGAGUCCACAUCUGCCCCUGGAAAUGUCUUACAAUUUAAAACCCGGUUCCUAUAUCUCUGUCUUACCAUUAUAUAAUCUAUCUGAAACCUUGUCGUAUUUCCAGGGUUCUUCCAUGUAUACAACCUUCUUUCAUGAUUCUUGAACCAAGUGUUAGCUAUGAUUAAGUUAUGCUCUGUGCAAAAUUCUACCAGGCGGUUUCCUCUUUCAUUUCUUAGCCCCAAUCCAUAUUCACCUACUACAUUUCCUUCUCUUCCUUUUCCUACUCUUGAAUUCCAGUCACCCAUGACUAUUAAAUUUUAGUCUCCCUUCACCAACUGAAUAAUUUCUUUUAUCUCAUCAUAGAUUUCAUCAAUUUCUUCAUCAUCUGCAGAGCUAGUUGGCAUAUAAACUUGUACUACUGUAGUAGGCGUGGGCUUCAUGUCUAUCUUGGCCACAAUAAUGUGUUUACUAUGCUGUUUGUAGUAGCUUACCCGCACUCCUAUUUUUUUAUUCAUUAUUAAACCUACUCCUGCAUUACCCCUAUUUGGUUUUGUAUUUGUAACGCUGUAUUCACCUGACCAAAAGUCUUGUUCCUCCUGUCACCAAACUUCACUAAGUCCCACUACAUCUAACUUUAACCUAUCCAUUUCCCUUUUUAAAUUUUCUAACCUACCUGCCCAAUUAAGGGAUCUGACAUUCCACGCUCCGAUCCGUGGAAUGCCAGUUUUCUUUCUCCUGAUAACGACGUCCUCCUGAGUAGUUCCUGCCCAGAGAUCCAAAUGGGGGACUAUUUUACCUCCGGAAUAUUUUAUGCAAGAGGACGCCAUCAUCAUUUAAUCAUACAGUAAAGCUGCAUGCCCUCGGGAAAAAUUACGGCUGUAGUUUCCCCUUGCUUUCAGCUGUUCGCAGUACCAGCACAGCAAGGCCGUUUUGGUUAGUGUUGCAAGGCCAGAUCAGUCAAUCAUCCAGACUGUUGCCCCUGCAACUGCUUAAAAGGCUGCUGCCUCUCUUCAGGAACCACACGUUUGUCUGGCCUCUCAACAGGUACCCCUCCGUUGUAGUUGCACCUACGGUAUGGCAAUCUGUGUCGUUGAGGCACGCAAGCCUCCCCACCAACAACAAGGUCCAUGGUUCAUGGGGGGGGGGGGGAUUGUUAGUAAUUGGGACUAAAUGGCUGUUUACACACAUAACUUUUCAAUCAAAACAGAUUGUAUACUGCAUUCAUAUAAUUGACACAGUGCAAGAGAAAAUUAUAUUGUUCCAUUCAACUGUUUAGUCAUAUAUAUCUUAAUUUCCAUGUCUCUACAAUUUAUUUGUUAUUCUUUGGGAAAAAUUACAAUGAUGUUAUACAAAUUUCAUAAUUACAGUUGCUAACUAUUGGUCAAUACUUCACAUGUUAGUAAAAUGUUUCUUUAUAACAUUAGGAAAGCAUGAUGCUCAGUACACUAAAUAAAUAACUUCUCCACAAGUUUUAUUUUCCUCAGUAAAUCAGAUAGUUGUAAAAGACAAAAUUUCUCCCUUGCUAGAGUUGUUUGAGCUAUGUAGACUUUACAGAAGUUUGAUGAGCAGAAACUGUCGAGAUGAUUACUCAAAAGGUGUAGAAUACGAUCUGAUUGAAAGAAAAUAGUUCAGGAGUAAAGAUGACCACUCAUAGAAAAGCAAAAGCAUUGAGUUGUUGACAGGCACACAAAAGAGAAAGAAAAGUUGCUAACUUUCAGAAUCAAUCGUUUCUUAAGGUAGAGUACAAAUACACAGAAUGUGAUAUAUUUUUUAGCCAUUUUCAGAUGUUUGUACCCUCUUCAAUAGCUACACACUCUUUUAUUUUAUACAAGCCAACAAAAGCAACCCUAUUUUAGUACUGAAGUUACUUUGCGGUAAGCAAUAUUGUAAAAUUUAAUGCCUUCUGUUACUCAUUUUCUGUGAAGCCCAUAUUCCAUCCAAAUUUUAUUUCUAAAAAGUCCAGGUUGAAGUUAUGAAGAAAUAAACACAAACUCAAAACCAUUUAAGUUACUAGGUUCUCCAGUUUUCACUCUCACAGUUAUAAAUGAGUACAUAGAAUAAAAACAUUCAAGCCAUUCAUGAAACAGAAUGUGCUAUUUGUAAACUAAUAUAUUAUACGUCUUAUCAUUAUGUGACGGAAGUUGUUCAUAAGAUGUCAA